AUGACAACAGAGAAGAGUCUAGCGGCAGACGCCGACAAUUCCGAGCAACAGCAAGCCAAGGAGGAGGAAGGAGCUGCUGAAACACAAAAGCAAGAGGCUGCCCUAGAGGAAGGGGCUCAGCAGAGGUCAGAGGGACAGCCUGCAGCGGGGCAGAAGCCGAAGGCCUCCAACGGCGAUACGCCCACGCACGAGGAGCAGAGCAAGAAGGAGCGACGCACCUCCGAGGGCCGGGGUCUCUCCCGCCUGCUCUCAUCCUUUCUCAGGAGGCCCAAGUCUCAGGUGUCCGAAGAGGACAAAGACACUGAUGCUCCAAAAGAGGUGGGAGGUGACCAGAAAGACCCGGGAUUAGGAGCCAGCCCCGAUGAAGACAUCCUGGUGAAAGCCCCGAUCGCAGCUCCUGAGCCUGAGCUCAAAACCGAUCCGUCACUAGAUCUCCAUUCCUUAAGCAGUGCAGAAACACAGCCUGCGCAGGAGGAGAGGAGGGACGACCCGGAGCCGGACAGCAGAGAGCUCGGCGGCAAGGAAGGAGGGGAAGCGAAGGAAGAGUGCUCCAAGCCAGAGCCGAAACAAGAGACUCCGGAGACCAAAGCAGACAAGGAUUUGAAAGCUGCCCAGAAGGCAGUAAAACGACACAGAAACAUGUACUGCAAAGUUGUCUUGCUGGAUGACACCAUUUUUGAGUGUGCUGUGGAUAAACACGCCAAGGGGCAGGAUCUACUUAAAAAAGUCUGCGACCACCUCAAUCUCCUGGAAGAAGACUACUUUGGUUUGGCCAUAUGGGACACGCCGACCUCCCGGACAUGGCUGGAUCCUGCCAAAGAAAUAAAAAAACAGGUUCAUGGAGGCCCCUGGGAUUUUACCUUCAAUGUCAAGUUCUAUCCACCGGAUCCCGCGCAGCUGACGGAGGACAUAACCAGGUAUUACUUGUGUCUUCAGCUUAGACAAGACAUCAUUACGGGGCGGCUGCCCUGUUCCUUCGCAACUUUGGCUCUGCUGGGCUCGUACACGGUCCAAUCCGAGCUGGGAGACUACGAUCCCGAUCUCCACGGCCCAGAUUAUAUCAGUGAAUUUAAACUGGCCCCAAACCAGACAAAAGAGCUGGAGGAGAAGGUUGUGGAGCUUCACAAAACGUACAGAUCCAUGACUCCAGCCCAAGCAGACCUGGAAUUUCUUGAGAAUGCAAAAAAGCUGUCCAUGUAUGGAGUUGACCUUCACCAAGCCAAGGACUUGGAAGGGGUGGAUAUCACUCUGGGAGUCUGUUCCAGUGGCCUCCUUGUUUACAAAGAUAAACUGCGAAUCAACCGCUUCCCUUGGCCCAAAGUCCUGAAGAUUUCCUACAAACGCAGCAGCUUCUUUAUUAAGAUUCGACCAGGGGAACAAGAACAGUAUGAAAGCACAAUUGGGUUCAAGCUACCAAGUUACCGGGCAGCGAAGAAGCUGUGGAAAGUAUGUGUUGAACAUCACACGUUUUUCAGGCUGACUUCCACCGAGGCCAUCCCGAAGAGCAGGUUCCUGGCACUGGGCUCCAAGUUCCGCUACAGCGGCCGGACGCAGGCGCAGACGCGACGGAGCCUCUUUCCAUCUGCUGUGUGGGCAGUCGUUAACAUGUGCCCCGUUUCUUCAGCUAAACGUGCGACUCAAAAAGUUGAGUUCAGAGCCGUAGAGGAAGAGAAGCAGGAGGAGGUGGUGGUGGUUGAGGUUCCCGAACCAAAACCCGCGGAUCAGAUCCGAGAGAAGCCAGCCAAACAUGCUCUUGAAACUUUUGAAAUGAAACCCAUUGCAGAGGAGGAAGAGGAGGAGGAGAAGGUAGAGGUGGUUAAGGUUCCUGUUGCCGAACCAAAGUUACCGGAGCCGGUUCCGGAGCCGUUGCAGACGUGGUCAGCCGAACAUGCUCUUGGCAGUAUUGAGAUAAGCCCAAUUGAAGAGGAGGAGGAGGAGGAAGAAAAAAUGGUGGUGAUGAGAGAACUAGAGCCGGUCCCGAAGGAGUCAGCAGUGGCCGUGAUAACCCCCGAGAGGAGUCCCCGGCCCACCUCUGCCCCGGCCAUCGCUCAGAGCCACACCAAAGCAUUAAACUGGGAACAAGUGAGGAAAACGCACACUGAGGUCACCGUACCCACCACGCAUGGUGACCAGCCCCAGAAGAGAUCAAAGAGGCUAGAUGGUGAAAACAUUUAUAUCAGGCAUAGCAAUUUAAUGUUGGAGGAUCUAGAUAAGACCCAAGAAGAAAUAAAGAAGCAUCACGCCAACAUCAGUGAGUUGAAGAAGAACUUUAUGGAGUCCGUCCCGGAGCCUCGGCCGAGUGAAUGGGACAAACGUUUGUCCACUCACUCCCCGUUCCGAACCCUCAACGUCAACGGGCAGAUCCCCACGGGAGCGGACGGAGUCAAGAAAGUCACUGUCCUAUCUUCCGAGAGACAGGUUGGUGGGCUUGAGCCACCGCUAGUGAAGACGCAGACGGUCACCAUCUCCGACGUGUCCAGCGCUGUCAAAAGCGAAAUUCCCACGAAAGAAGUCCCCAUUGUCCACACGGAGACAAAGACCAUCACCUACGAAGCUGCACAGGCAGAUGGGGGCAACGGAGAUCUAGACCCUGGCAUCCUGCUGACCGCUCAGACCAUCACUUCAGAAACCACCAGCAGCACCACCACCACGCAGAUCACAAAGACUGUGAAAGGUGGCAUUUCAGAGACACGGAUUGAGAAGAGGAUUGUCAUCACAGGAGAUGCAGAUGUAGACCACGACCAGGUCCUAGCGCAGGCGAUAAAAGCGGCAAAGGAGCAGCACCCGGACAUGUCGGUGACCAAAGUGGUCGUGCACCAGGAGACGGAGAUCGCAGAGGAGUAG